GGCGGGCAGAGCGAGGCGGGCGGCGAUGGAGGAGCCGCUGCGCGGGCACCGCGCGCUGUACAAGGCGCCGGGCCUGGCGGCGCCGCCGUGGAAGGAGACGUACCGCCGGCGCUGCGCCGAGAGGCUGAGGAGCGGCCGCGCCAAGCUGCUGGAGCGGUACCGGCGGGCCGGGGCCGGGGCCGGGCACGGGGGCGGCACGGGGCCGGGAGCGCUGCUGGUGCCGGAGGUGAUGGAGCUGGAGUGGCACAGCCUGCAGGCAGCGCGGCGAGGCGACGCGGCGCAGGUGGAAGUCAUGGGAGAAUGUAGCUGCUAUGGGACAACUGCUGACUGCUGUGCCUUUCAGAUGCUAGAGGACCCCCAUGAGCUAGCUGUGCUGGAUGAAAUCCAACAGGAGUUGAUCUUGCAAGAACAACUGGUUAUAGAAGAAUACGAGCAAAGCCUGCAGUUUGACGAAGAAUGUCUCAAUGCAAUGCUUGAUGGCUUGGAUGCCAGCAACAAGAUCAUCUGCCCGGUGUGCAGAAAGAACACCCUGACUGUGAGUUGUCACUCAGUUUUCUGCCAGUGUGGCUUGUACAUCCUUACACAGGGUAUGACAGAACAGAAGCUUCGGGCACUUCUAGAAAACACUUUAACAGAACACAGCUACAGGUGCUUUCACAACCCAGAGUUCACAGUUACGGGUGGGAUGGAGGAGGAAACAAGUCUCCUCAUGACCUGUCCGGUCUGUGACUCCUGGACGGUUCUCCUGUAGGCUGUUUCAGCUGCUGCUUUUUCACUGGAAGGACUUCAAGAUUAAAAACCCACUCACAGCUGCUACUCUCCCUUAAUGUAUACACUUGUAUGUGCUGUGUCAAAACUUAACGUGGCAGUAGUACUGCCUUAACCUGCACUUUUGAUGGCACAGCACAGGUUUUAUAAUAAAUAUACUUAACUUA